AUGAACAGUUCUGUGACAUGCCCGCCUGGAUGCUUGUGUCAGGGCUACGCCGUAGACUGUAGCACUGCCAACCUCAAGGGAAUUCCAAAAGGCCUUCCCCUGCCAACGAGAGUCCUCCUUCUCCAAGAGAACAGAAUAAGUCUUACCAAAUCUUCACUCCACAUGUUUUCUCUUCUCUUGACGCUGCGCUUAUACAGAAACAACAUUGCUUUUAUCCCAAAUAAUACUUUUCUAAAUCUGGUUAAUUUGCGUACGCUGGAUCUCAGAUAUAAUUCCAUCUCUUCUUUGUAUGCCAAUGUAUUUAAUGGCAUGGAUAGCGUGGUGCAAUUACUUUUACAGGGCAACCCUAUUCAACUUUUACCACCUCAAGGCUUUGAAGGACUGAAUUCAUUAACUUCUUUAAAUCUUAGUGGAUUAGAGAUACACAAGGUUGAACGAAAUGCCUUACAAGGUCUCCUGAAACUAGAACAACUGGAUCUGAGAAACAACAGGAUAUCUAUUCUAGAAUCUGAUUUUUUCUCUGUCCCGAGACAAAUCUCAGUAUUGGAUUUGACAGGGAACAGUCUAGAUGGGACCAGAGCUAUAGUCUGGUUUCUGGGUAUCGCCUGUCUCUUUGGCAACGCCAUCGCCUUGAUUUGGAGGGUGUAUUCAGGAUUUCACAACAGACUUUCAGUGUUUGCCCUCCAUCUGAGACUGUCGGAUGCCCUUAUGGGGUUUUAUCUCAUCAUCUUAGCCUCCAUGGACGAUUUUUACAGAGGGGUUUACAUAAAACAAUCACAGUGGUGUCUUGGAGGGGUCUGUCAAUUGCUUGCUAUUCUGACCACAGUGUCUUGUCAAAUGUCAACGUACAAUUUACUAGCUCUGGCAGUUGAUCGUUUCCUCAGCGUAAAGUUUCCUUUCACUCUUGCCUUGCAAUCUGUACGAAAAGCGUGGUUUCUUAUAGCGUCGCUGUGGAUAUUUUCACUGAUCCUGGCUGUAAUCCCCGUUUUUCUAUGGGAAGACUCAGGGAAAUUUUACGGAAAGAAUUCAGUCUGUAUUCCUCUUAGCUUCGCAGACCCUAAGGGUGCCAGAAUAAGAGUGGAAUACGCUACCUUGGUUUUUGUGGGAGUCAAUGGCGCCUGCCUCGUUGCGAUGACUACUCUAGUGGAGACCAUUAUGUUUGCUCACAUCGUGGACACAUUGUUUGCUCACAGCAUGGACAUCAUGUUUGCUCACAGCAUGGACAUCCUGUUUACCCACAGGGUGGACAUCAUGUUUGCUUAA